CUGUGCUGCCGCGCCGCGAUCGCGGGUGUCCGUGCCCGGCAGGGCCGUGUGUGCGCAGAGACCUUCGGGCCCCCGCGGGACGGACGGUGCGGAGCUCGGCCCGGGGUCGGCCCGGGCUGUCCCGGCUGCGGCUCCGGCCGGGGGGACUCGAGCGGCCGCCCCCGGGCCGUGCCGGGAGCUCGGCUGUGCCCGGGCCGGCGCCUCUCCCGGAGGGAUGCGCGGCACGGCGGGGAAAGCGCCUGGAACUUUGUGUUGCGUGCGCGAGUGUUUUCCCGCUGUCUUUGCGCAGGUUCAGCUGUGCGGGAACUGCCCGGGGGGCUGCCGGCCAGAGCCCCCCGAGGAUGGGGCUCCCCCCGAGCACCGGGGGCAACCGCAGCCACCGGUGGGACCGGGUCAGCCUGCGGGAAGGUUCCCUGAUCGCUCCUGUCCCCAAAGCAGCUGUGCCUCGUUCCCAGAGACUCUGCCUGGGCAAGCCCGGCUCAGCGCAGCACCAGGAGAGGCUGCACGGGAGGACGAGCCCGGCCAGGAGCAGGACACAGGACACCCCGGGAGAGGUGACACGGCGGGGGAUGUGCGUUUGCAGCCUGGCUCGUGGUUUCCCCUGGUGCUGGGGAGUGGAGGCGAGUUGUGCUUCCUGCUGGGAGAGAGAAUGGCCUUGGGAAGCUGCUCCAUGACCCACAGCUGUGCCGAGCCCGGGAAUCAGUCCAGCAGGAUGUCGAGUACCACCAUGUCCCUGAGGUCACCCUUUCUGCUGUUGGGAGAGCACGAGGUGGAUGGAGAGGAUCCCCAGGCAUCUGCAGGCACAAGGGACUCGUACAACUGUGAUUUUCCUACAGCCCUCGUGAGAGGGACUUUGAGGGUACUGUGGGACGUGAAUGCAAGAACCUGCCAAGAAACCACUGGCCAAGAUGAUUGAUGAGUGCAGGACCUGAGAGAACCCCCUUGAAUGACAGCCUUGAGCAGUUUCCAGUACUGGAUUUAAAAGAUGGCCUUUGCUGCAUCUCCUUGAGCAAGGAAAGCCAAGAAAC